AUACAAAUCAUCGUCAUAUAAAUUCAAAUAAAUAACCAUAACCGCCACAAAAUGCUAAAAACCAUGGCAAACAUCGAUAGACGACAGCGCUGUCAUCGCCAAUCGACAGCCACUGACAGCCGCACUCCAGCCUGCAGCCCUGGUUUUUGACGUUUACACGUCACAAUUCGUCGAAGCCGACUUGCGUUUGCAUUCGUGUACACUUUACCGCACUCUUCGCUACUUUCUCUACGAAAAUCGAACUGAAAAAUGGGAUCCGGCAAACAACAGAAAGUCCAGUCCUCUGGCUUCACCAAGGAAGAGGAGCUGCUGCUGCAGGACUUUAGCCGCAACGUGAGCACCAAGUCGUCGGCGCUGUUCUACGGCAAUGCCUUUAUCGUGUCGGCCGUUCCAAUCUGGCUCUUCUGGCGCAUCCACAACAUGGACUUGUGGCCCAGCUCCAUCCUGUUCGUCCUGGUGACGGCCGCUAGUACUUAUCUGAUGGCCACCGCCUACAAGAACAUCAAGUUCCAGCUGAAGCACAAGAUCGCCGGACGGCGGGAGGAGGCGGUGACCCGCGAGGUCAACCGUCAGGUGGGCGAUGACAAGAAGGUCACGCGCAAGGAAAAGGACGAGCGCAUCCUGUGGAAGAAGAACGAGGUAGCCGACUACGAGGCCACCACCUUCUCCAUCUUCUACAACAACGCCAUCUACCUGGCCGUUAUCAUUUUCAUCAGCUUCUUUAUCCUGAAGAACUCGACGCCGUUCAUCAACUACAUCUUUUCCGUGGGCAUCGCCAGCGGCGCUCUGUCGCUCUUCUCCACCAGCGCACAGACGAACUGAGCGAAUGUGCAGCCAUGUCAUCCCAUGUUCAUGUACUCGUAAUGUAAGGCCCUUCAAGAGAUUUCCUGGUACAGCGGGCUGGUCCUUCAUCCGCCAACCCCCGUCCCAUUGGCGUUUCCAGCAGUGCGAGCAUAGAAAUUUUAUAGUAUAAACACCAACUUGUCUUUCUUGUAGAAAGCUGAUCAACUUCCAUUCGCUGCUGAUUGAAUAAAUUGUAAAGAU